CAGAAAAAACAAACGUUUUAUUCAAACGCAUUUAAUUUGCCUUAUUUAAUAUAAUGGAUACGGACAACAGUUCCUCUGAUUCAAAACCGGCACGCUCUAAGCCUGUGGAAACACUUGUUUUGGCCAAUUAUGCAGCCAAAGCAGAACAGAAACGGAGUGGCGUCGGUGGCGGCCGCAAAGAGGAUGAACGCAUUACGACGGCAGUUAUGAAGGUUUUGGAAGGAUACGAUUGGAAUUUGGUGCAAGCGACUGCAAAAAUACCCUCAGAUCGCAAAAAGGAUCACAUCAAACGACCCAUGAACGCUUUUAUGGUUUGGGCACAAGCUGCACGAAGAGUGAUGUCCAAGCAGUAUCCUCAUCUACAAAACUCGGAAUUGAGUAAAUCAUUGGGAAAAUUAUGGAAGAACCUCAAGGAAUCCGACAAAAAACCAUUCAUGGAAUUCGCCGAAAAGUUGCGACUCACUCACAAACAAGAACAUCCUGACUACAAAUAUCAACCACGUCGCAAAAAAGCGCGUACUCUUACCGCCAGUGGUGUACAAUGUGAUGAAGUGCUGUCUGGUACUACGGCCACAUCAUCAGCUGCAAAACUGACUAACACAGCGGGAACAUCACUCCAACUAACAAUGGAUUGUGCAUCUAGCACUUUCCAUCCUAAGAAUUGCAAUGGUUCUGGCAGUCGGAAAGGAAUGGGCGGUGGUGGUACAACAACCACAAAUCGCAUUAAUGGACGUAUCGUUAAGCAAACGCAACAACAGUGUAAUAGCAACAAAAUUGAUGCUUUUGGUGGCUACAAUACAAAUGGAAGCUUCCAUAGUAAUAAUGGUGAAAUCACAUGUGCCGCAGACAUGUUGAAUAGCGAAGCUUUCAUCAACUCGUUGAACAGCGCAUGUGCCGCCUCAUUGCAGAAUGCUGCCAACGGUGGUCUGAUGCCCGAAUUGGCUGGACUGGAUUUCGGACAGCAACAAUCAGGGCAGCAGCAGCGCUACGAUUACACACGUCCCAUGGACUCGCCCUGUUCAACGGCUAGCUCAUUGCAAUCCACCGGCGCAAGCACCUCGGCGGACGGGCAGCCUCUAACACCGCCUGCCACACCGUAUGCACUUAGUAGUGGUAGCCUUUUAAGUGCCAGCUUGAACGGCAAGCGCACACCUACCCAAAACCAAUUGCAGGCGCAGUCUUUAUUGCGACCCUCGAGCGAGUCUGUCGUAGUGGGUGCCGAUUUGGGUGUGGGGUAUGGCGUGCUUGUAGAUGGCGCACGCGAAUAUAUCACAUUGGAUGAGAGCUCCUAUAGCGCAGGAUUACUCGACUUUCCACGUUCUGCCAGCGAGCUACUGGCGUCGAACGAGUUGGCUUCACCACAUUAUUCAGGUAGUACUGCGAGCGGUAUAAAUGGUGGACGCCUUUUUGGCGCAGAUGCCACUGCGAGCGAUAGUUAUAGCAAUUAUGCAGCCAGUCAAUAUCUCGGCUACAAUUGUGGCACCAACCCAGAUGCCUGUAACUCGCCGCAUUCCAUUGGAGUGUUAAAUUACUUGGAAUCUAGCGCAGCGGCUUCCGCAGCUUUAGUAGCCACAGGCAGCAAUAACAGUGGCAGUGGUAACAAAACGAGUACAACAUGUUCGAUGGGCAAAUUUGCUGCGUCGCAAAGCUACUUAGCGCCGGUAUCAAUGGGCAGUGGGGAUAUUGAUCCGAAGGAAAUUGACCAAUAUCUCAUGGAUCAAGUGGUGCCACUGACACAGACGGCAGCCACACAAUUGCCGCAACAUACGGCAUCUGCUGUGGCAGCAACAGCGCCCACACCAUCCAAUUCAGUAGCAUCCGUAACAAGCGCCAUUUGUACAACAAUAACCAAAGCGCCGCCAGCAGGAGCAACAACAAUUUCAGGUGGCAGCUCAUGCAUAACUUCCAUAGCUGGGAUUGGCGGUAGUGGGAGCGCAGGCAGUAAUUCUGUGAAAUCCUCUGCCUCAUUUCAACUACUAUACAAGCCACUUUCACAUCAACAGCCACAAUCAUGCGAUGUUUUGGAGUUGCAACCGUUGAAUUCGACAUCCUCUACAACAACAACAACAUCCGCAUCACCAUCUUCAUCAUCAGUAAUAACGAACGGUAGUGCGAACAAAUGUGGUUCUGAUAGCAGCAGCAACAACAAUAAUGGUUUAAGUGGCAGCCAUGUCGGCAGCGCCGGUAAUUGCUUUUAUGCGACUGGCAUUGACAUGGACGCGACACCGUUGUCAGCGUCCCAUGGUUAUCACCAGCACUAUGGGCAACAUCAUCAUGGACGACAACAGCAACAACAACAGUUGCAGCAGCAACAAUCCUCGCCGCACCAUCAAGCACAGCGCGAACAACAUCAGUCACAUCAGCAACAACAGCACCAACAGCAGCAACAACAUGUCUGGGGCAGUUAUGUCAGUCCGUAAUCAGCUUUAUUUCGUGCGUGACCAGUUGAUCCGCUUUCAACAGAUGCUUAUUUACCUCCUCACCCACUACGUUGCUUGUUCACAUUUUUGCUAAGUUGCUGGUGAAUCUAUUCGCGUUUGCUCUAGAAGACUUCCUUUUGCGUUUAUACGAGUGUCUUUUGUGAACUUAGUUGGUUAGUGGGAUUUUCCAUGCCAGUUUACACAUACACACGCAUGGCAUUUUGAAAAUUUGACGCUGCCUCCGGGCAGUCUGCUGUUACAAUUCGUUGAGGGAUUUGACCGAUAAAAUCCCAUUUCAUCUGGCUUGAUUGGUUACCAGUCCAAUUUAACGAGAGAAUUUUUUUUCUAGGCCGCGUGAAAAUUCAAUAAACGCGUCGCCCGGUGUCAAUUACGAAGCAUAACUACUAUGGACACUAGGAAUUAAAAGCGAUACUUCAAUGAAGAUUCCUGCUAAGUUACCAAUAUUUUUUAUAUUUCAAUUUGUUUAUUUAAGUUAGUUAAAAAUGAAGCCCAGUGAAAAAUUAAGUUUGUAUAAGUUCAAAACUUGAAUGUUUAUUAUUAUUUUUAUUAAAUUUUUAGGAUUACAAAAAAAGUUGGCAGCCUCAACGAGAAAAUUGC